GUGAUUCUUUGACUAAUUUAUGAACCAUUUUGAUCCCAUAUGCAUAGAUUGCUGAUGAAUUAGAACGAGUGAAUGAGAAAUUGAGAAUGGAGAAGAACAAGUACAGCAUCAUAGUCCCAACCUAUAACGAACGCCUCAACAUUGCCCUCCUCGUCUACCUCAUCUUCAAGCAUCUCCGGGACGUUGACUUUGAGAUAAUCAUCGUUGACGAUGGAAGCCCGGAUGGUACUCAGCAGGUUGUUGAGCAAUUGCAGCAACUCUAUGGUGAAGAUCGGAUUCUGUUGAGAGCUAGAGCUAAGAAGCUUGGAUUAGGAACGGCUUACAUUCAUGGUUUGAAGCAUGCGUCUGGGAAUUUUGUUGUGAUCAUGGACGCGGAUUUAUCACACCAUCCAAAGUAUUUGCCAAGCUUCAUCAAGAAACAGUUGGAAACUGGUGCAAGUAUAGUUACUGGAACUCGUUAUGUCAAAGGUGGGGGUGUACAUGGGUGGAAUCUUAUGCGCAAAUUAACAAGUAGAGGAGCCAAUGUUCUGGCACAAACACUUCUAUGGCCUGGUGUAUCAGAUUUGACCGGAUCUUUUCGGCUUUACAGGAAAUCAGUGCUUGAAGAUAUCAUCAGUUCCUGUGUCAGCAAGGGCUAUGUCUUUCAGAUGGAGAUGAUAGUUCGAGCUUCUAGAAAAGGCUACCAUAUUGAAGAGGUUCCAAUCAGCUUUGUUGAUAGGGUAUAUGGAAUUUCAAAGCUUGGAGGAUCUGAAAUUGUUGAAUAUCUGAAAGGCCUUGCCUAUCUUCUCGUUACAACGUGAGAUCCGUAAAUUACAACACACAAAUAAUUUGUAAACGUUUUAAAGGAAACUGGUGCAAGUAUAGUUACUGGAACUCGUUAUGUCAAAGGUGGGGGUGUUACUUAUGCGCAAACUAACAAGUAGAGGAGCCAACGUUCUGUCACAAACACUUCUAUGGCCUGGUGUAUCAGAUUUGACUGGAUCGUUUUGGUACAUGAAAUAUGCUUUCACCUGAUCUAGUCCUUUAAUUUCCAGCCAUAAUAAUGCUGAUCGCAUCACAGGGAAGAGGAGAGAUUACAGUGAAAGCUUGAUAGACUUGAUUGGCAAGAUAGGGCUACGAGAUGAGUUGAUGAAGAGAGUGAGCAGUCGACACAAGCAAUCUUUGUAGUUGGGUUGGUUGAGAAAUAUAUUUGGCAUGACUCUAACUGUGCCUCCUACCUCAUUGCCAUAUUGAUGGAUCCUGUUAUUUUUGUAAGGUAGAUAAUGGAUAUUUUAAUAUUUAUAUAUUCACAAAAUUUUGUA